AUGGCAGCAAAGCGGGUUGUGUUGAUUCCACUUGAUGGCGGUGAAAAUUCGGAGUGGGCCUUCAAGUGGUACCUUAAGCGUUCAAAACAGCCUCGAGACUUCUUGAUCCUCUUGCAUGUAGUGGAGGGUACACUAGUCACAACAUCCAAGGCUGGCCUAGACGAAGAAAGCAGGGCCGUACUCUGCGAAAGCCUGAACGAACACCUUCAAACCGACAUCAAACUUGGCCGUAAACUUCUUGAGAAGUUCUCACAAAUGUGCAAGGAAGUCGACCUCAAGCAUAAGGUCACCGUCCACGUGGAUGAUAAGCCCGGCGACGCGGUGAUAAAGGUGGCACAGCAGUACAAAGCGAACCUUAUUAUAAUGGGCUCUCGGGGUAUUAACAAGGUUCGACGAACAUUUUUGGGCAGCACGAGUGACCACGUCUUGCACCAUUCGGCGGUGCCUGUGUUGUUGGUGCCAGCCAAGAAACGCAAUCGCCCCUCGUUUACGGUGUCCUAG